AAGACUCCGUCCGUGAGUGAAGGAGACGCGAAGUUGGUUAUGAAGCUAACGCUUUAGCUGUUAAAAUAUAAAAUAAAAAACUUUAAAAGAAUAUAUAUCCGCAAAUUCAGAAGUUUUGCACACAUGUUUGGGAAACAUUGUGGACAUUUUCAUUGUGCCAAGAGGAUUGAACCGCAGUUGCCAAUAGACUAUAUAAAGCGGUGUAUUUAGCUAAUUAACAAGCUAAAACGCAGGUAGCCACAGCCACAGGCCUAAUCCACCGUUGCAAGUGUAACCAAUUAGUACCUGUCGGGUGUCGCUAGCAUGGACUCCUGGGUUCGAUUCAGCGCGCAAAGCCAAGCCAAGGAGCGAGUUUUCAGGGCUGCCCAGUACACAUGUACGUUGCUAGGCUACAGUCUGCAGAAAGGUGGGGCAGGUGUUGAACUCUUGAAGACUGUGAAACAACUGGAAGCUCAUAUGAGUCUAACAAGGAAGUUAAUGCGUCUAGGGAACUCUGCAGAGGCAGUGGAGGCGGCAAAGCGUGCAGUGCACCUCUCGGAUAGUGUGUUGCGUCUCUGCUUGACAGUGGCCCACCUUAACCGGGCCAUGUACUUUGCCUGUGACAAUGUGCUGUGGGCUGGCAAGGCCGGACUCCUUCCCAACCUAGACCAAGAGAAGUGGAGCCUGAGAUCUUUCAGGUAUUACCUGUUUGCCCUUAUCCUGAACUUAACCAGAGACGCCUACGAGAUCCGCCUCCUUAUGGAGCGUGAGGCUCGCUCCUCCCACGGGGGGUCGAAGGCCACCUGGAACUCCUCGCCCCCCUCUCCCCUUGAAAACGGCGCCCUCCCUUACCCCCAGUCUUCGUCCUCCCUUCCCCCGGCCGCGUUGUCGCUGCUCUCCCAGCGUCUCUCCCGGCAGUUUCAGCUCCUGGUGACGGUGCUGCGCAGCAAUCCGCCGCUGCUCCUGGACCUGCUGAAGAACACCUGCGACGUGUUCAUCCCACUGGACCGCCUGGGCAUCUACCCCAGUGGACAGGGCUUCGUGGGGGCUUGCGGCCUGGCCUCCUCUGUCCUCUCCAUCCUCACCAUCGUCCACCCCUGGCUCAAGCUCAAACCUUAAAGAAGGAAAAAACUGAGGUGGAACGUUCCUCCAGGGAAAGACAUUUCAGUCAAACAUUGUACAUCCCCGGGUAAAGGUCCUGGACUGUCGAAGGAUGCGGCAUGAUACUAAAGCAUGAGUCCAGCACACUGCUCGUUAGGGAAGCUUUUUUUCCUAAUCAGUUUUUAUUGGAACGUCAACAUUUUGGGCAGGUCAUGCUCUUAAGUGUGUCGGUUGACUGAAACGAUUGCAUUUAAAAUCCGAAAGGAGGCGCAAUUGAGUGGUUUAUGGGAAUUCUGUAUUUUGUAUCCAGCUCAUGCUUAGACAAAACGAGUCCCCAAUAUCUGUUUUGGUUUGGUCGGUCAGUAGGGAGUGUAUUUUGCACGUAGGACUUAGUUAGACCUGAACUGUACACGCAUAGAAUUGUAAACACCUCAAGGCCUGGGUAUAUCACAACUGAAAGGCUUUAUGAAGUGACAGCACAAGACAACCCCCCCCCGCCCCGUGAAUCCACUAAGGGGUCGAUUUAUAAUAUGGUUGUGUGGAGCAUGAUUGGGGGGAAGCAACUCUCAGAAAUCCAGACUUCUCUGUUGAAGUGGACCUCAUCCACAAAUACUGUUGUCUUUUUUGAAUCUACACUGGUUUUCUAGCCGUAAUAAUCAGCGUUUAAUAUAAACUGCUUCCAUAUACAUACUCGGUUUGUCCUGGUAGUAUUAUUAAUUGGGAGAAAUAUUCCAUACAACAUUUGGAAGAUGUCUGUACAACAUUUCUGUUGCCCCUGUAGAACAUCAAGCAAUUUCUUAAGAGGUGCCGUGAAUUAUUUUCCCUUACUGUGUGUGAGUUGCCAAUGAUAUUGACUGUUAAGUUGAGGUGAAGAGACAUUUCCGAGAGUACUAAAUUAGAAAGGAAACCAGUUAGCUGUAGUUUUGUGGUAAAGUCCACAUGUAUGCGUGUAUGAACUUCAUGAGAAAGUGAUAGUGAAAAUCAAGCAAAUGACUUCUCUGGAUGCCUACUCGUGCACCUAAUGAUUUGUUCCAUAUAACAUAUUGGUUGAACUCACCCAAAAUAAGUGAUAAUCAGCUAGGCUACUUAAUACAAUUAGUUGAACUCCCCUGCAUAAAUAGUGUAUUAAUACCAUGCUUUUAAAAUGUGAAUGGAACUAUGUUAGAUUUUCCAGUGUGUUCAGUAUCUUGGCUGUGGGGAAAAAGCCAUGCUUCCAAACAAAUUUUGACUGUCUCUGUUAUAUAGGUUUAACUGUUACCAUGCCUCCAGAGCAUGGUGCUAUUAGUAGUCAAUAUGUCAUUUGGUCUGGCUGGCUAACAAUAGAAGUUUUAAUCCUUCUCCUUGACCUGCUAAUUAAAAACCAGAUGUCGGGUUAAAAAAUCUUCUCUUCCACUUCCUUGACCCCUCAAUUUCACGGUUUAGCUUAAUGAUUCAUAAUUAAAUUGGGCUAUUUGAAAUGUACGGUUUUGUAAAUAAUUCAGUAAAUAAUUUAACUGUCAUUGGAGUCAAGAGUUACAAUAAUAUUCCUCAGUGAGUGAGGGUGGUUUUCUUUCAAUUCUGCCUUUAUGCUAAUUGUACCACCAGGGCUGAGGCUUUGCCGCUGUGUGGCGAAAAUGUUUUACCAAAUAAAUGCUUUGGCUUUGAAA